UGGACAACGCAACAAAACAAAACGCAAAACGAAUUUAAACUGUAAAACCGUUGUAAUUUCGUCGUUCAGUAGGUAAUUUAUAAUUUCUACUACUGAGAAAAUAUUGUCGGAAUAAUGACGAACACUAAACAAAUAAAAAUAACAAAGUUAUUCCGAAAAGGCGCUACUAAAGCACCAGAUGACUUUCAAGAGUUGCAGGAAGAGAUACAGGACCUAGAAAGACAGCUUAGGCAAAAACAUUAUGAGUUAUUUCAGAUCCAGCGCAAUAAGUAUAGAAGCAAAUCUGCACCAGUCAAUAGCUUACCGAAAAAACCCGAAGUUUUUGUUAGACCCCAGAUAAUUAUGCUACAAAAUUCAAUUGACACAAUGAAGAAAAAUCUGGAGUUAACAUCUAUGGUGUCAGGUAUGGAGGUGCAGUCUUAUAUGUCUGGGGAGCUCUGCUGCAUUGUCUAUCACUUGCAGCAUGAUUCACAACACCAAGUCAAACACUGUUUGGAAAUUGACAUGACCUUGGGAAAAAACGAAAUAAAAAGAAGUUCAUUUCCACUUGGCUUUAAUUUCAAAGCUGUUAUUGAAGAGUUUGAUAAUGUGAUGAAACCAGCAUGUCUUGGAUCUAUACGAAAAGCUCUUGUCGCAUAUUACGAUAGACUCGCACAAUUUGAUGCUCUAAAGAAAUUAUUAAACAUUGAAGCAAAGUUAUUUAAAAAAUUAGAUUCGUCAUAUAUAGAGAUAUCAUUUUUUGCUGAAGCGAAUGUGGACAAUGAAUUUGUUAUGAUUCCUAUAGCUCUUAUCCUAGAUUAUGACAUCAAUGAUAUAAGACCUAAGACUUACAGAUUCAAUGAUGCAGAUUUAUCAGAGGACAUAUCAAGUGUUCUGCACACACAAUGUACAGUGUUCAGAAAGAAAGAGCUUCAUAAAGCAUUCAAAGAUGCAUUCAUGGAUGGAAUUGGACCUUACAAACUGUUGAAACAGCUGACAGUAGAUGAACCAAAUCAGCAGCUGAGACGCAAGCGCUUCCGGCCCAACAGACACAACCCCCACAAUGAUGACACCUUUCUCCCCGAAGAAUGUUCCGAUCAGGGUGACAAUGAUGAUGAUAUAUAAACUUAUACUGCUAGUUUGUCUCGUUAAUAUUUUUG